UGCAGAAGAAAACGAGAGAGAAAAGAGGGAAAAACCAGAGGGAGAUGCUGUCGAGAUUCGUCUAGAUGAUGAAGGUAUUGCCGAGUUUGUCUAGACGAUGAAGGUGCUGACGAGUUUCGUCUAUAUGAUGAAGGUGCUGAGGUAAACGAUAAGAAGAUAAAGGAAGAAGAAGAACACCAAGAAUUUUUACGUGGUUCGGCCAAAAGGAGUCUACGUCCAUGGAGAAGUCGGUGAUUUCUUAAUCGGGGAGCUACAACAAGAAUUACAAGAUAAGUAAUUUUAGCUACCUAGAUCUCUCAAUCUUUUUUCCAUCAUAUAUGUAUAAAAAAUUUACAGAUGUAUUUAAAGACAACUUGUAUAACUAAUUUUUUAACAACCUUUGAAGUUGUUUUUCAUAACUUGUAAUAACAAAAAUAUUGUUAAGUACUUGUGUUUGUUAGAGGCUUACCCCCGGUCCCCCAACAUUGUUGUGUACUUUUUUUUUUAAUCAAAAAUAAAGAAAAUUACUAUUGACAUGUGUGUUUUCUUUUUUUGUUUGUUUUAAUUUUUUUUUCCUUUGUUCCUCCUUCAAAGCAAAGAAAAUCCUCAUUGAUGUGUGUUGCGUGUUUUUUUUUGCCUUUUUGUUUUUUUUUUUUCCAGUUCUCCCCUUAUAAUUGCACUCUCACCAAUAAAAUCUCCGACAUUAGUUUUAGGGAUUUUUUUUUAGAAUAGGUGAGAUUAUUAUACAACAACAAGGGAUCCCACAGCUCGGGAUCAAGGCAUCAAAACAACAAAAUACAAACAAAGAUAGGACUCAACCGAAACAAAGACACAACAAAUGUAAACAACACCAUCCACCUGGAAGAAAAACAAAGAAAAGGAAACAAAACCUCACCACCUGGGGCCAACAACCAAACAAAGAACAUUAUUUUUAGGGAAAUUUAUUUCUAUCUAUAUAUUUGUAUUUAUGACAAUCUCUCUCCUCCAAAGGUAACUACCAUUGAUACGUGUGUAUUUUUUUUUUUUUUUGCCUUUUGUUUUCUUUCUCUUUUUUUCUUCGAUUCUUCCUUCUAUGUUCUUAAUAAUACUGUGAUUUUUGAUUGACGAAGAAGCAUGAGGGAGAUGUAAAGGGGUGAUUUGAGAAAAUGGGGAAGGAAAUCUUUCAUGUUUUAAUUUUUAAAAUAUGAUUGUGGUUCAAUUAUAUUAUACACAUUAUCCCUUUAUUUUUUUUAAAAAAAUUUGUUCGAAAACACUGAGUUUAAAAAUUAUAUAAUUCUUGUUACAUAUUAGAAGUUUCAUUUAUACAUUUAUUUGAUAAUUUAAUAACUAACGCAAUAAUAUGAAAACACUGAGAAAAAAACUAUAUAAUUUUUGUUACAUAUUAGAAGUUUCAUUUAUUUUAUAAUUUUUAAUUAAAAUUAUGAGUUUUCAUGUGUAUUGCACAUGUUCUUAAACUAGUUCAAUUAAAUGACUCCAACCUUCCUAUGGUCCUAUAGUGAACUAAGAUACUAAAGGUAAGAAAUUCAUCAUUUCAAUUUUAGUGGGAGGGAACAAAAAGUAUUAUAAUUGUUAAGACAAUGACCAAACUUCCAACUACAAAGAGCAAGAUCAUAUCAGAUAUGAUUUUCAUUCCAAUUCAUCCUUCUUCUCUCCACUUUCACUAUACCUCUCUACAAAUCCAAGUUUAAGAAUGUAACUUAUUUUCGACAGUGUAUGUGAGAAUGAAAGGUAAUUCACUUCACGGGACGCUUCACUCCACAAUCUAUGAAGUUGACAUAUAACAUACUAGUAGUGGAUCUAAUGCAUUCAACAUGGUACAUCUCCUCUUGCAAAUUGAAUUUUUCUUUUGUAUUUUGGUUGCGCUACCGAUUUAUAGUGAAUAUUGGUAAUUUGAGGUUACCUGAAAAAGUUAUUGUAGAAUGUCUCAAAUUUUUAAAGUUUCUAAAGGUGUUUACUCCUAACCUCCUGUUUUUCUAUGUACAGUGUAUUUUCAUGACUUAACAAAAGAAAUUGUAACAUUAUUUUUUAGUAUAAGGUACUUGUUUUUGAGGUUAGUGGGGAAUUAAUCGUCACUUAAAGCUUGCUUCUCGUUCUUAUACCAUGUAUUUUCUUUGGAGGUUGUCCCAAAUCUCCCACAUAUAUACAGUUGGUUAAACAUUGCUUUUUUAACCUAUGAAGUCGACAUAUAACGUUGUUUUUUUAGUUGGUUAAACUGCGUUUUCCUAUAUUUUUUUUGGUUUGUUUAGAUUUUGUUAAAGACAUUAUUUUUAGUUUAUUAGAUUCUUUUUUAAAUUACACCAUAAUUAUAGGGAUGUUACUAUUGGGAUAUGUUAGUCCAUUUACAGAUUUUAAAAGUAUUAGAUUUAGUUGAUCAUUAAUUUCUUAUCAUUCUUUAAAACACAACAUUUUAUUUUAGCCAUUUAUUUGGUUGACUCUUUAUUUAAACACUUACAAAAAUUGUUGAAAAUAUACUUCAAAAGUUAUUUUAAGUAAUUGUCAAAUGUUCUAAUUUUUUUUCAAAAUAACUUAUUUUUUAAAUUAAACACUUGAAAUGCAUUCCAAAUACAUAAGACAAAGAUGGUUACGGUGCAACCGCGAGAUUCUGAAGGCCGGCCCAAUAAAGUAUCAUUUUGAACAAGGCCCACAUAUGGAGUCCGCGGAGGAAAUCCAAUCAUUUCCACUGGCUGCCGGCAAACAAGAAACAGCGGUGGUAUUUCUUCUUCUUUUUCGUCAACAAAGAAUCAACGGAGAGGAUCGGUCUCAGAAGGCUAUAAAGGAAAAGCUUCGUUAAUCAUGGAUGCUACACACGCCUUCAGCUUCAACUUCAACUUCAACUUCAACGGUGGUAUUUCUUCUUCGAACGAUUGUAAUGUGGAGGAGUUUCGUACUGACGAGAAGAUGCAUUUCAACUUCAACUUCGAAAGCUCUUAGUCUCGGAUGGUUCGAUCAUGUGAAACCGGCUCCGAAGGAUCCAAUCAUCGGAAUUACGGAGGCUUUCUUGGCCGAUCCGAGCCCUAACAAAAUCAACCUUGGAGUGGGAGCUUAUCGCGACGACGAGGGGAAACCGGUUGUGCUUCAAUGUGUUAGGGAUGCUGAAUCGAAAAUUGCUGGGAGCGAGUUCUUAGAGUCAAUUUCUGCUGCGGCGAGUUCAAGAUUUGUGGAGGAGAGUGUUAAGUUGAUUUAUGGAAAGGAUUCAGAUGUUAUAAAGGAAAGGAGAUUUGCUGGACUUCAGGCACUGUCCGGGACUGGAGCAUGCCGAUUGUUUGCUGAAUUUCAGAGGCAUUUCCAUCCCGAUGUUCCAAUUUUCUUGCCUGAGCCAACCUGGUCUAACCACCAUAACAUUUGGAGAGAUGCCCAAGUGCCAGUGAGAACCUACCGCUACUAUCAUCCAGAUUCAAAGGGUUUAAAUUUUGGAGCAUUCAUGGAUGAUAUCAAGAAUGCCCCAGAAGGUUCAUUCUUUCUGCUCCAUCCCUGUGCCCACAACCCAACUGGCGUCGACCCAACGGAUGGACAAUGGCGAGAAAUUUCAAAUCAGUUGAUGGUGAAACAUCACUUUCCCUUCUUUGACAUGGCGUAUCAAGGUUUUGCCAGUGGAGAUCUUGAAGAGGAUGCCAAAGCUAUACGGCUAUUUCUUGAAGAUGGACAUAUAGUGGGAUGUGCUCAAUCCUUUGCGAAGAAUAUGGGUUUAUACGGACACAGGGUCGGUUGUCUAAGUGUUCUUGGCAAAGAUCAAAAGCAAGCCAUGAUAGUAAGAUCUCAGCUUCAGCGACUGGCCAGGGCAAUGUAUAGCAGCCCUCCCAUUCAUGGUGUGUUAUUAGUCUCAACAAUCUUGAGCGAUCCACGUCUGAAGGCUGAAUGGAUUGAAGAACUGAAGGUCAUGGCCGAUCGCAUUCGAUCUAUGAGAGCUAGUUUAUUUGAUAAUCUUGAGAAAUUGAACUCUCCUCUCAAUUGGGACCACAUAGUCAAGCAGGUUGGAAUGUUUUGCUAUUCUGGAUUGAACUGUGAGCAGAUUGAUCAGCUGGCGAGAGAUUUUCAUAUAUAUAUGACCAGGGAUGGACGUAUGAGCAUGGCGGGUGUGACGACGAGAAAUGUAAGCUAUUUAGCGGAAGCAAUGCAUCAAGUCAGUAGUUAUGAUCCAGAGUCUUUAAAGGUCUCCAAUGCAAGUUUCUAAUGGCCGUCAUUUCAAGAAUAAUUCAGUUGAUGAGGAUAAGUUUCCUACUGUUCAAAUCUUCCUAUUUGUCAAUCCUAUUUAUUUAUAGGCAAACUCUAAUAUCUCAACCAACAAGCUGUUUUUCCUUUAGUCAGCUUGGAUGGCAAUCAGUGAUCACUUGAAUGAAAUUCUACUGUAGAGCUGAAAAAAACUUGCAUUCUAAAGAAGCAGAAAUUAAUGAGUCCUGAUAGGAUAGGAAAUCUCCCAUCUUAUUUUGUUUUAAUACCGCUAAUACAUAACUCUCUCAUUUCAAAAAUGCUAAUGCAUAACUUCUACGAGUGUAUCAUAUUUGUUUCAUUGUAAGGGUUAAUGUAAUAUUAAAGAAAAUUUUGUAGUUAAACUGCA